AUGGCUGCAUUUGAGUCUCGUAUGGUGCAUUUUGAAGGCCCAGAGCUGUGUCGGGUAGAACCCAACCUGUUACCUGGGGAGAAGGAGGUGAUUGCCAACUGGCACGACGAGUGUUGCUUCCAUGGAAAUGACUUCAAAAGCCAUGCUUAUCUGUUACUGGGCCAACAAAUGCUGCAGCGGAAGGGAAAGGGCCGCAUCAUUCAUGUAUCAGGAUUUAUCAAUUCAAAGGAUGGACAUCUGGUGCUACAUAAUGACAAUGGUGACAUUGUUGAAGAAGCCAGAGAAAUUAUAUAUCCAGGGGCCAAUGGUGAUGCUUGGUGGGAUACCGAACAGUUGUUAAAGCAGGUCAAGCAAGCAAUCGGCCAAUGGUCAAGCAAGCAAUCGGCCAAUGGUGAUGCUUGGUGGGAUACCGAACAGUUGUUAAAGCAGGUCAAGCAAGCAAUUCAGAUUUCCGAGACCAUGCACCCUGAUUGUGCAUUGAAAGCUUCCGAGAUGAAUAAAUCAAAUGGUGGUAAGCAGCGGGACACUGUUAUCCCAGAAUCAAAUUCCACUAUUGAGCAUCGCGGGAAGGUCCAGAAGAUGACCCUACCUAAUGGUCAACCCAAAGGACUUCAACAUAUCCUUGAGGAGCACAGAUUCAAUGUUCAAAAGCUGCGAGCAAAGUGCAGCCCUUAUUGGGGGUGGUGCAAAUAUCGGUACUGCGAAGUUCAGAAGAAGACAUUUGCAGAAGCGAAACAGUCUGCACAGGAUCAGCUGGAUGCAUGUCCAACUGAUGUCAUUUGUCAUUUUAUCAACCGUUCCUGGCACUUUAUGGCUGCAUACAGACUGGGACUUACUGAGAGGGCCGCAGAAUGGGCAGUUAAGCAGAAGCAACACCGACAGGUAUUGCAGAGGGCUAUGAUGUUGAUUGAAGUGGUCCUCAACUAG